CCAGCCGCUCCCCGAGGAGGUCGAACUGCAGCUGCAGCCGCGUCGCCGCCACGCGUGCGUCCUCCAGGGGGACAUCCCCGACGUGGUUCUCGAGCACGAGCUGUAUGCCCUCCCUCUUCAGUCGCAGGUCCUCGUCGUGCAUCGCGUCGCACGUGGCGGCCAGAGACCGCAGCGCGGUGAGCGCAUCCAACGCACGCACCAGCGCGUCACGCAGGAACGACGCCUCCUGCAGCGGCGCGUCGGCUGCACCCAGCAUCUGGCGGCAGCCCUCCAGGAUGUAUCGAUAGCCCAGCAGAGGGCCCGCCGCGCCAGCAGUAGCAGCAGCAGCAGGUGCUGA